CCAUCAACUGAACACAACAUCGCCCAGCCCAAGGAUUAGCUAGCUAGCCUCAACUGACCGUGAAGUCAAUUGGUCUGCUUGAUUUUGAUGGUAGUUAUCAGCCAACUUUAACUUACUUUGCGAUAUCUUUUCUGAAAUACUUAGGCUGGAAACGGCAAGAUACACCAUGGUCUGCAGCACAUGAACGCGCCCCAUGAAAGACCAUAGUUGAGCAUGUCAUCUCAUCCAUCUAAAGGCAGACAAACACAGGGCAUCACUGAGGAAGAUGUGCUCACCCAGGUGCAACAGAUUGAUCAAGAUGAGAACGCAGAUGGGGAUCAGAGUUCUCACCGAAGUAACUGUCUGACGCUAAAUGAAGAUGAUCGUCAAGCAAGGCCAGCCAGCCUUCCAUGCAGCAUGCUGGAGCCCCAGACGUGGAACACCAGCCAGUCCAAUGAGACAGGAACUGGAGUGACAAACAACGAGCCCUCAGAUAGCAGUACGGCGGAGCAUCCCUCCUGGCUGGACGACCAAACAGUCGAAAAUGCCGACAACGAGCGUCUCGGCUGCCAGUCCUGGCGCGAGGAUGCCGGGGACAACGGCGACUCCAGCGCCAGCACAGCAUCGGACCGCACCCACACCAACCGCUCCCCCCCGAGUGGGAUGACAGGCGUGACGGUGACCGGCACGAGCGGCUCGCCGUCGGGCCCCGAUCUGGCCAGUGACGUCACCGCGUCGCCGCUGCCCGAGGGCGGCGGCGGCCGCUCGCUCCACCCGUCCGACAUGCAGCUGCGCCUACAGCAGGCUAUCGAGAAGGUCGAGCAGCUUGACCGCAGCCUUGAGAAGAAGUUUAAGGAGCAUUUGGACGCGCGUGCGGUGACGGCGGACCUGCAGGCUCUGGUGCGUCGGGAGCUCACUGAGCUCAGCUGCCGCGGUGCCCGGCGCGAGACGCGCGAGGAGGCAGACAACACGCUCCGCUUCCUCAGGGUCCUCGUAGAGAACGACUCGGAAUCAGACACAAGCAGCCAGGUGACGCCCAUCUUCCAGACGCAGGUGCGGUUCGGUGCGCGGGGCGUGCCCCCGCCGGCCGACGCCGCCGGGCCGCUGUCCGUGUCAUCCCGCCAGCCGCCGCCGCCACCGGAGGGAGUCGACGAGCCGGGCGGGACCGGCGACGACCGUGCGCCAGGCCGGCAGGCCGCCGCCGCCGACGACUACUUCAUCAGGAGGAAUAUUGAGUUGGCGCAGGAGCUGGGCGGCUCGCUGGCCAUGACGGAGGAGGAGCGGCGCCGGCUGGAGCAGCUGCUGGCUGAGGAGGACGAGCCCGAGAACGCCUUCAGCAUCGACGAGCAGAACCGCCGGCUGCUGCACAGCCUGGACGACCAGCUCAGCAGCAUGGGUGCCGGCGGCUCACUGCUGCCCGGCACACCACCGCCGCCGUCCGGCUCGGACGCGGACGGGGAGAGACCUGACGACGGUGGCGCCGCCGAAGAUGAGGCGGCCGGUGGCGGAAGUGACGCCGAGCUGGACUACCUGCAGAGGACCAGAGAGGACCGCGAGGCCGCGGCGAGGAUGGAGGCGCUGGAGCGCAGACUGGAACAGCUCAACGCCCCGCUUGAGGUUCGCCCGCUGGACCGGUGCGACGUAGACAGCAUGAUCCACGACACCAUCGCGUCGCUCGUCUCCGUGCCGCGCGCCGACCUCAAGUCCAGCACGUCCAAGACGUCGUACCUCGCGGCGCUCUCCUCCUCUUGCGACGUGCCCGGCUCCAGCGUGUUCACCAGCGAGCCGGCCGACGCCUGCGACUCCGCCUCCACCUCGUCCGCGUCGUCGUCGUCAUCCCUCUCGGAGCGAACCUCGUCGCCGCCGCCGCCGGCCGAGGUGCGCUCGGACGCGACGCUGGACCUGCGCUCGGUGCUGAGCGGCCGGCACGCCGACAACGAGCGGCAGCUGGCGCGCGAGCUGCGGCCCGGCUCGCCCAGCGCCUGGCUCGUCGACGUUGAUCAGGGGCGCCAGCGGUUGCAGCUGGUGGUGCCCCGCCUGUGUCGUAAGGUGCUCAGCAGCCUGCUGGAGAGCGCCGGCCUGCAGCUGCCGGUGCCGGAGGAGCCGCCGCCCGCCAGCACCGCAGGCGACGCCGAGCAGCUCCAGCCGUCGGCCGCCGCCUGAGGGGCCCGGCCUGCUCUGGUCCGGUCUGGUGGUCACCGCCGGAGCUGCCC